ACACUGAUAAUGUAAAAUCCCAUCUACUAUUCCAGUAAUUUAAGAUCUCAAAAAAAUGAGGAUAUAAUUCUUUAUAAGUGAGCAGUUGAGUAGGGUCUCUGCACCUAAACCUCCUCUUUCCUCCUUCUAGCUCGACCUCCACAUAUUCAACUACCUUUGAAACAUCAGGCUUUCCUUCCCAAUGAGUUGGCAGUGUCUCCUUGGGAAAAAUAAAGAAAUUUGUUUUGCUGCUCCAAAAAUCCAACUUGGUUAAGAAUGAGGAUUUUCUUGGCUCAUAGAUAAGACAUCUCUCAUAUUCUUCCUACCCUGCUCUCAGAUGUUCCUACCUCUCAUCUCUUGACUGCAUUGACUAGAGGGGCUUGGUUUGGAUUUAGGUGCAGUAAUUUGCUCACAUACCACACAGAGGUUGUGAAGGAAAUGAGCAUGAUAUCAACUACUGCUGGGUCAAUGGAUUUGGGGAAAUGAAGAAAUGUGUCCCAUAGAGAUGAGUGCUGUUUCAGAGCAGUUUAAACUGUGUCCAGAAAUUAGUUCCAUAGGAAGAAAAUUAAACUGUCCUAAAGUUCUGAACUCUGCUUUCACUCUGCCUACAGAGAUGACAAGAAGUUACUUUCACCCCACCCACCCCUAUCUACUAUGACAUGCUGCCCCACCCGGCUAGAGAUGACAGGUCCAGCUGUAUGCGGAGAAUGCCAUCAUCAAGGAGAUGCCUUUUCUGAAACUUGUGACAUUCAGUUGGAAAUCUCAGUGGGAGCGGAAGGAAUCUCUGUUGGGAAGAGAAGGGAGACCUACAAUGGAAGAACCUGGACAGGACCCAAUGGAUGAUGUGCAAGAGGUGAUGGAAAUACCGAAACUAGAAGUCACAAAGCAGAACCUGGACUCUCUGAACUCAGACCUUGAAAAGGACCUGCAGAGAAGGGAUGAGGCAAAUCAGGUUCUUCUCAAAAAAAUUCAAGAGAAAGAAGAAACCAUUCGAAGUCUGGAAAGAGAUAUCAUGCUGUCGGUCAGACAAGCCAGAGAGAGGGAGGAGCUGAACCACCUCAUAUCUGAGAGGGAGGAAGCCCUACGGGACCUGGAAUUAGAGACGGCAAAGCUGGAAAAAAAUAAGGAAAUUCUAAGCAGGAGCGUGGUGGAGGUGCAGAAGGAGAUUUCAAAGAAAUCUAAGAAUGUUGGCCUGGAUAAAGAAGCCCUAAAGCAGAUGCUGGCAGAACUGAAGGUGAAACUACAGGAGUCAACAGAAUCCUGCGCCAGUCAAGAGGAGGAGUUGGUCAAGAUAGAGAGUGACUACCAAUCUGUGUAUCAGCUCUGUGAGGAUCAGGCCCACUACAUAAAGAAAUACCAACAAAUUCUGAGACAGAUGGAAAAGGAAAAGGAGAUGCUGCUUCUCGAAAAAGAAGUAUGCAAAGCCCAGAACAACUCCGCCCAGGUAGUGAAACGGGGGUCAACUCUGGUGGAGACCAUCCAAAGCAAUAUGGCUGCUGGGUUAUGUGCUUUUCUACCUGCAGUACAUAAACCCAGACCUCCUUGUGGAUGCCCUGCCCGUGGUCAUGAGCAGAGACACCUUGAAGAGGCUGAGGGAUGCCUUACUUCCCUUCCUCACUCUAGAGGUGGAAGAAGUUCUACCACAUUAGUCUGGACUGACCUGGGGGCUUCACACUGCACCCAAGUGAAGAGGAGGGCAUGGCUGUGGACCCCAAGUGGGGAAUGGGCCAGGAAAGAAGUAGGAGCUCUGACUCAGAGCUUCUGCUUUGACAUCUGACCUCUUCAUUUCAUUUUCUUCCCAUGCUUUUUCUCCAGAGUGUCUCUCUUUCAAAUAAAACAUAUGUUUGAUCAGA